AGAGAGGAGCCGCGGGCGCCGUGGAUGGAGCAGGAGGGGCCGGAGUAUUGGGACCGGAACACACGGAUCGCCAAGGAGGCCGCACAGUCCUUCCGAGUGAGCCUGGGGAUCCUGCGCGGCUACUACAACCAGAGCGAGGCCGGGUCUCACACCCUCCAGAACAUGUAUGGCUGCGACCUGGGGCCCGACGGGCGCCUCCUCCGCGGGUAUUACCAGGACGCCUACGACGGCAAGGAUUACAUCGCCCUGAACGAGGACCUGCGCUCCUGGACCGCCGCGGACAUGGCGGCUCAGAUAACCCAGCGCAAGUGGGAGGCGGAAGGUUGGGCGGAGCAGGACAGAGCCUACCUGGAGGGCCGGUGCGUGGAGUCGCUCCGCAGAUACCUGGAGAACGGGAAGGAGACGCUGCAGCGCGCGGACCCCCCCAAGACACAUGUGACCCACCACCCCGUCUCUGACUACGAGGCCACCCUGAGGUGCUGGGCCCUGGGCUUCUACCCUGCGGAGAUCACACUGACCUGGCAGCAGGACGGGGAGGACCAAACUCAGGACACAGAGCUCGUGGAGACCAGGCCUGCAGGAGAUGGAACCUUCCAGAAGUGGGCGGCUGUGGUUGUGCCUUCUGGAAAAGAGCAUAGAUACACCUGUCAUGUGCAGCAUGAGGGUCUGCCCGAGCCCCUCACCCUGAGAUGGGAGCCGUCUUCCCAGUCCACCAUCCCCAUCGUGGGCAUCAUUGCUGGCCUGGUUCUGCUUGGGGCUGUGGUCACUGGAGCUGUGAUUGCUGCUGUGAUGUGGAGGAGGAAGAGCUCAGAUAGAAAAGGAGGGAGCUACUCUCAGGCUGCAAGCAGUGACAGUGCCCAGGGCUCUGAUGUGUCUCUCACAGCUUGUAAAGUGUGAGACAGCUGCCUUGUGUGGACUGCGAGGCAAGGUUUGUUCCCGCCUUCUCUUUGUGACUUGAAGAACCCUGACUUUCUUUCUGCAAAGGCACCUGAAUGUGUCUGUGUUCCUGCAGGCAUAAUGUGAGGAGGUGGGGAGAACACCCCAUCCCCGUGUCCACCAUGACCCUCUUCCCCACGCUGACCUGUGUUCCCUCCCCAUUUAUCUUUCCUGUUCCAGAGAGGUGGGGCUGGGAUGUCUCUAUCUGUGUCUCAACUUCAUGGUGCACGGAGCUGUAUCUUCUUCCUUCCCUAUUACAAUUAGAACCUGAGUAUAAAUUUACUUUUUCAAAUUCUUGCCAUGAGAGGUUGAUGAGUUAAUUAAAGGAGAAGAUUCCUGAAAUUUGAGAGACAAAAUAAAUGGAAGACCUGAGAACCUUCCAGAGUCCA